AUGAAGUCAUCCAGACCAACCUACCCUGGAGUGAAUGAAACCACACCAAACCCUUACCCACCAAGCAGCUUCAUGGCUCCUCAGUCUCAUCAACCUCUGGGUUUUAUAAACCUAGGAAACCGACCUCAGAUUGGGCAACUUCCCUUCAUCAUAUCUCCAGAAACCUUUGCUAGCAGUCAGCUGGGUCAAGGAAAUGAACAAAUGCUAAAUCCAACAAUAGGAAAAGCAGCAACAAACUUUAAAGAAGAAGCAAAGGCACUAGGGGCGAUCCAGAUCAUAAUUGGACUGAUGCACUUUGGUUUCGGAAUUGCUUUGGGUUUACUAAGCGUCUCUCACGGUCAUUAUUGGGGGUUUGCCUCCACUGCUUUUGUUGGUGGAUACCCACUCUGGGGUGGACUCAGUUUCAUUAUUUCUGGAUCUCUUUCUGUAUCAGCAUCCAAGGAAUUUAACCCUUGUCUGAUAAAAGGCAGCCUAGGAAUGAACAUUGUUAGCGCUAUCUUUGCUCUCACUGGAGUGUGUCUGCUUCUGAGGGACAUGAUCGUCAAUGACCACAUUAAUAAAGACUAUUGGUUACUGGUUUCUGGAAAAGGUAUUUCAGGCAUUCUGAUGAUCUUCUCGCUCUUGGAAUUCAGCAUAAAUUGUACCACAGCCCAUUUUGCCAACCAAUCAAUCACCAAAACCAACAGGUCUGUCAUGGUUUUUCCAAAUACCUAUGCAACCAACCCCUUGACAGAAGAGCCAUGCCCACCUGCUCCCAGAUAUGAUGACCACAUAGCACACACCCAUAGAUGCUAA